UAAGUUUUUACUUGGGUGGUCGUUAAUGCAUACCGAAAGGUACCCAUGCAGCUCCCGGACUGUUAUCGACGUUGUCUACUGAUCUUUCCAAUGUUAUAUUUAUCGCUAUAAUGAGAUAUAAUUGUAUGAUUAUAAUAAUAUUGUGGUUGGAUAGAAAAAUUGUGCGUGAUUUUUAUUAACGAUUCAACGCAUUAAUUUAUAUAAUAAUAGGAUUAAACGCUACACAGGUUUGAUUUCUAAUGAUCAGAGUGUUUAACUUUUGGGAUUUUUUACUAACGAAAACUAAAUAGCGCAGAGUUAUAAGUGAGUUUUACUUUCCUCGAUAAUCAUGCGCAGUCUUUCUAUAAUUUUUCCAGCUCGAUUUCCUAUUGAGUUGCUUGAACCUGUAACUAUUUUUCUUAUCAGUGUCGACAAAUAGUACACGACUACACGUGUUUGACAUCAUAUUUUCAAUUUCAAUGCAACAGACAAGUAACAUAAAGUAUGUGUAAAAAGUAAUUGCAUUAUUACGGGAAUUAAUUUUUGUAGUUUUAUAAAGUUACAUGUAUUUGCGUAAAAGAUGUUUCAACGCACUAAAAAUUUGAAAACAAUAUUUAACCUUUCAACAUUUCAAAAAUUACGUCUUGAAUCGAAAACCAGAAGAUUUUUUAGUGAAACAAAAGAUGACAAUCCAUCCAAAGAACCAGAAAAUGAUUUUGUUUCAAAACUUUUGAAAGAUUCUACUACGUAUUCUGAAUUGAACAAUACAGAAUGGGCAACAACUCCUUAUCCUCAAAGUGCUGGUGAAGUUGCAGAGGAUUUAAAAACUAAAAAACCUGUAAUAGAUCCUUCAGAAACAUCAGUAAUUUUAUUUCCUGGACAAGGCAUUAUCAAAGUAGGAGACGUCAAAGAAUAUUUGAAAUUUCCAAGAGUUAAAGAUUUAUUUGAUAUUGCAAAUGAUAUUCUUGGUUACGACCUUUUGAAAAUGUGCUUAAAAGGUCCACAAAGUGUAUUAGACAGGACUGAAUUUAAUCAACCAGCAACAGUAGUACGUUCAUUGGCAGCUCUUGAAAAAUUACAAGAAGAAAGACCUAGAGUGAUAGACUCUUGUGUAGCUGUAGCUGGUUAUAGUGUAGGUGAACUUACAGCAUUGAUAUUUUCUGGAGCUAUGCCUUAUGAAGAAGGGCUUCGAUUAGUUGCCGUUAGAGCUGCAGCAAUGCAAAGUGCUUCAGAAAUGUCGGCACAAGGAAUGGUGUCAUCUUAUUGUACACCUACAGCAAAGGCAUUUCAAAUAUGUGAAAAAGCUCAGAAAUGGGCUGUGGAUAUUGGAGCAUCUGAUCCAGUUUGCAAGAUUGCAAUCUAUUUGUAUACCCAAGGAAAAGUUUUUGGAGGAUCUGAUGAAGCUCUUCAGUACAUACAAAAAAAUAGCCAGAAUCUUGGUUUGAAAAAAGUGCAGAGACUACCAGUAUCUGGAGCAUUUCAUACAACUUUAAUGCAACCAGCUCUUAAAUCAUUUAUCAAAGCUUUACGUAAAACUCCAUUUGUUGAAACUAAUGUUCCUGUUUACUCCAAUUAUUCUACAAAUACAUAUACCAGAAGUAUGAAGGUUAAUCAUAAAUAUUUAAUUAAACAAAUUGUGUCUCCGGUAAAAUGGGAACAAAUAAUACAUAAAAUAUAUGAAAGACCACAAAAUAUACCAUUCCCAAGAACAUUUGAUAUGGGAUCAAAAGGGACAAUGAAAACGAUAUUGAAGAUGAUUAAUGCCAAAGCUGAAGAAAAAUGUUAUGUGUACUAAUUAUUAAUAUGAAAUAAUUUUGUAUAUAACAUAUAAAUCAAAUGUAACAAAAGAUAAUGUAAAAACUGUAGAUAUGUUGAACAAAAAAAUUAAAAAAUUAGA